AUUGAAUUUCGAACCAACCAAUAGGAUGCCAUAUAAAAGUUUAAAGGCGGGACUUAUGCUGUCAGGCGUGUCUCUGAUUGGUGGCUAUUGUUGUCAAUGCGAGAGUCUACCGGGUGUCGCAAACAACAUUGGACUGGGGACGCAACGUUGAAUUGAGUCCAGACACAUCUAACUGAAGCGAUGAAAACACGCGCGUCUUCCCCGCCUAUCCAUGUUCAUGUCCCAGACUCAACAUCUGUUCAUGUUCACCUGAAGAAGAGUCCACAGAAGAGCACAACUGUGCCACAUGUACAGGGUAAAGUUGGCAAUCUGCGAUCUACUUCCAGCGUAAAGGUCCGAGUUCCCUGGGUUCCUCCUGGAAAGGCCCCGAGAAGAAGAGACUACAAGUGGGAGGGGACAACACGCUGCUUAGAGGUGACAACAGGACCGGACGCUGACCUUUCCUCACCUCCUCUGCGGCUCACUGACCUGUCAAGUGAAGAGAAUAAUGCUAGAGGAGCAACUGGCAACAUUUCUGAAUAUGAAAGAAAAAUUGAAAGUCUUAUGUAUGAGGUUGACGGUAUUAAAAGUAAGGUGAAGUUACAGCAAACAGAAGACCAGCUCAUGCACCAAUCACUGCAGUUGAAUGCCUGUCGACGUGUUAUUGACCAGCAGGAAGAAAAACUUGAGGAAGCCAGUAGGGAAUUAAGAAGGUCAAGGCGUGAAAAUUCUAACCUGUGUAGCACUGUAGAUGGACCGCAGGGUGGGCCUGGACAAAUUAGGUCAGAAACAGAAGCUCCACACCAGGAGAUAGAAACUCUGCUUAGGAAACUGGUGGAGGCUGAGAUAGAUGGGCAGGCUGUGGCCAAACAAGUGGUGCUUCUGAGGGAAACUAUAGGAAAACUUAGGAAGGACAAAAAACAGUCAAAGACACAUUUUGAUCAGGUGGAGCGUCAACAUGAGCUAAUAGAGCAGAAGUUGGAUGCUUUCGAGAAGACAAACCGCACCCUCCGACGACUUCUGAGAGAGCAGCAUGGACAUGAGACAGAUGCGCUGAGGAUGUCAGAUGAGAGGGAGAUACUGAUGAGAAAACUUGCUGAAUCUGAGUCUGAAAGAAGGAAGCUUGAGGCUAAACUCAAUACUAAAGAAAGAGAAUCCGAUCAGCUAGCUGAGAAUUUGGAAACUGAAAGGGACCAUUUAAGGACCACAGGAGACCUCUCCAAGGUACUUGAAUCCACUCGUAGUCGUCUGCAGAGCCAACUACGCAAGAAAGAGGCUGAAAAUAACCGUCUGGAAGCUCAGAUUCAAAGGCUGGAGGGAACAAUGCAGAAGCAGCAGGAAGAGGUUCAAGGUUUGCUGGAACAGAUGAAGCAGCUGGAGAAACACUGUGAAGGAGACAGAGACAUCCACAAACAGAUCCUGGAGGAACAGAGAAAACGUGCUGAACAAAGUAUGAACACAGCAACCCAGCUCUCGGAACAAAUUCUGGAGAAGGAGGCUCAGUUAGCAGAGGCGCUCUCCACAGCUGAGGAGCUUCGGCAACAUUGCUCCAAACAGAGCAGAGAAAAGAGCCAGCUUGAGUUAGAGAUCACAACAUUAAAUAAUCACCUCACCGAGUUGACCGAACAGCUGCGCAGUUGUGAGGCGAAGUCCAGGGCAGAGAGAGAAGGCCUUCUCAGCCGCCUGCAUUCACUUACCUCAGAUACCACAUCUGCUAAACUAGAGAACCAAAGACUCAAGACCACUCUGUCAGCCACAGAAGACAGGCUCUCUUCGUCUUAUUCAGAGGUGCAGCAGCUGAAGAUCUCACUGAAGGACUUUGACAGUCUAGUAGAGGGUUACAAGAGCCAGUUACAAAAGAUGCGUUUGGAAUCAGAGGAAUACUCACUGAGACUGGAGCUAGCGGAGAAGGAGGCUCGGAGUGAUCGUGCCGAGGUGGAGAGAGAGGUGGAUCAGGGCCGCAAGCAGCUCCAGGCCCGGCUGAAGGAGAUGGAAGUGCUGCAUGGAGCUUUUAAGCGCACAGAAGAGGAACUCAGAGAGACCAGAGAGAACAUGAACAUCCAGGACAGAAAAUAUGCGGAGCAGACCAGCACCCUGUCGGAGCUCAGGAUCAAGAUGGAACAGCAGGGUUGUAAAAUAGAGACACUCCAGGAAAACAACUUAUUUGUACUUGAAGAGAACAAGAAGCUAAAAUGCACCGUGGAGAGCAUGGAAAGGAAGAUGGAAGAGGUGAACAUUCAAAACAGGGAUCUGAUACAAGUUAUCGCAAAGAGGGAAGAGACCAUUCACAACACACAGCUGCGUCUGGAGGACAAAACACAGGAAUGCGACUCCCUCUACAGACAGGUGGAGCAGGCCAGAGAGGAAGCACAGAGACAGGUGGACCAGAGCCUCGAGCGGAUGCUGUCCAAAGAACGGUCAGCUCAGUCCAAAAAGCUGGACUUGGAGACCCAGCUAAGCGUGGCUAAAACUGAGCUGGGUCAGCUACGCCGCAGCAAAGAUGAUAUGGAGAAGCGAUUUCAAUGCAAACUUCAAGACAUGAAGAACCAGUUGGAGCAGGUGAACAGCACCAAUCGAAGCCUGCAGAACUACGUCUACUACCUCAAGGCCUCGUACACCAAUGUGUUCGGAGAUUCUGCAUUAACAAGCUCACUGAACAUCCCUAUGUAAAUGUACUUUUUCACUUUAAGUUCACGAUCAUUUUUAAAUACCUCACUCACAAUGACCUUUUAAUAAAAUACUAAUGAAAGAAAUCUCCAA